ACCUGAAAUCUCGUAGGAAAAAUCCAAAAAGACAGCGAAGUAGAUGAUGACAGCACAAGAUAAGAACUAAGAAGAAGAAGCAAUCCAAAUCCGAAUCCAAAUCCGAAGCCAACCAACAACCCUUCCAAUCGACUCAGUGAAAUUGACACAAUUUAUUCAAAACUAGUCUCACUCUCAUGUAAUUAACUGACAGUCAACACAACUCACCACACACCAUAACACACCACACCACACCACAAAACAAAACCUCUCUGUGACAUUUUCACAAACACCUUCAAGGCAAACUCUGAAACCUUGGUGUAGUGUGAGAAUCAGAGAAGAUGAGUUUCAGGGAAGAGAGUGGCGAAGGUAGAGGAGACCUUCAGAAACCGUUUCUCCACACGGGAAGCUGGUACAAGAUGGGUUCACGCCAAUCCAGCGUCAUGGGUUCCACCACCCAGGUCAUGCGUGAUGGCUCCGUCUCCGUCCUCUUCUGCGUCCUCAUCGCCGCCUUGGGUCCUAUUCAAUUCGGCUUCACCUGUGGGUAUUCUUCUCCGACGCAAGAUGCUAUUGUCAGCGAUCUGAAGCUCUCGCUUUCUGAGUUUUCUUUGUUUGGAUCUUUAUCGAAUGUGGGAGCGAUGGUGGGAGCUAUAGCGAGUGGUCAGAUAGCAGAAUACGUCGGGCGAAAAGGGUCAUUGAUGAUUGCUGCAAUUCCCAAUAUAAUAGGGUGGCUCGCCAUUUCUUUCGCGAAGGACUACUCGUUUUUGUAUAUGGGGAGGUUGUUGGAAGGAUUUGGCGUUGGGAUUAUUUCUUAUGUGGUGCCUGUGUAUAUAGCCGAGAUAGCACCUGAAAACUUGAGGGGUGGCCUUGGAUCGGUGAACCAGCUCUCUGUUACAAUUGGAAUAUUGCUUGCUUAUCUGUUGGGCCUUUUUGUCAACUGGAGAGUGCUUGCAAUUUUAGGAAUUUUGCCUUGUACAAUAUUAAUACCUGGAUUAUUUUUCAUACCAGAAUCUCCUAGAUGGUUGGCCAAAAUGGGAAUGACAGAGGAGUUUGAGUCUUCUUUGCAAGUGUUACGAGGAUUUGACACAGAUAUUUCUGUUGAAGUACAUGAAAUCAAGAGAUCUAUAGUACCACGAGGCAGAAGAGUUGCAAUUCGGUUUGCAGAUCUCCAAAGGAAAAGAUAUUGGUUCCCGUUAAUGGUAGGAAUUGGAUUACUUGUACUUCAGCAAUUGAGUGGUAUCAAUGGAGUUUUGUUCUAUUCUACUAGCAUCUUUGCAAAUGCAGGAAUUUCAUCCAGCAGUGCUGCUACUGUUGGACUUGGAGCUAUUCAGGUCAUUGCAACUGGAAUCUCCACUUGGUUGGUGGACAAAAGUGGUCGGAGGCUGCUUCUAUUACUAUCCUCGUCUAUAAUGACAGUUAGCCUUGUCGUUGUUUCUAUAGCAUUCUAUCUGGAGGGUACCGUAUCAGAAGAUUCACACCUAUACAAAAUUUUGGGAAUAGUUUCUGUUGUUGGCCUUGUGGUUAUGGUAAUUGGAUUCUCUCUAGGACUUGGACCAAUCCCUUGGGUUAUAAUGUCUGAGAUACUUCCAGUGAGUAUAAAGGGCCUUGCUGGCAGUACAGCCACCAUGGCUAAUUGGUUGACUUCAUGGGCGAUCACAAUGACUGCAAACCUGCUUUUAACUUGGAGCAGUGGAGGGACAUUCACAAUGUACACAGUUGUAGCUGCCUUUACCGUUGUUUUCACGGCAUUGUGGGUCCCUGAGACCAAAGGAAGAACAUUAGAAGAAAUUCAAUCUUCCUUCAGAUAGAUAUGUUCUCUUGUUUAAACUGAAAUGUUGUGGUCUAUAUCAUGUAUUUUUGUAGUCCUGUGUAUUCAUUCAUCUUGUAUCAAGUUUUCUGUAAAAAAGAGAAAGAAAGCAUAUUGUAGCAAAAGAUUGAGGGGGAAUAAACUUGUCUUCUAGUCAUAGUAUAGCCAUUUAAAUCCCACAUUGUAAGAGUUCAUUUCUGUGUAUGGACUUGCAUUCUGCUCGGCUAUUUUGAAGGUGUUGUAUUUUAUUUAAUUAAUUAAUUAUCUGUUUUAAAGUUGAA